AUGACCGCUUUUCCUCAAAAUGAGAGAAGACGCGUGAAAGAAACAAUAACACGGAUACCCGUAGCAGCUUGUUACAGAUCUUUAAAGAAAAUGAAAAAGAGUGGCGAACGCUGUCGGAAAAUGGCCGAAAUCGUGUUCUCCAUAUUUUUAACCGACAAAGCCGAGGAUAUUGCACUUGAUUUAGUGAUGUUCAAGAUUCUUGAAGUGGAAAAUACCACAUAGCAACGAUCAAUUGAAGAGACCAAAUAUCUUACGUUAAUAAUUGUACUCCAAAAUAUUUAAAAGUGAAAUAUAUUGCUAAUGUUUUCUGCCAAUAACAGCAAUAGAAUA